AUGAGCCACGACCUCGAACAAAAAGCAGCAGCCGGCAGCCACCUCGAGUUGGAAACCACAGAUGUGCCAUCGACACAACAGACACAAGCGGACCCAGCUUCCACCUUAGCAUGGAUACAAACUCGCAUAAAUAAGAUAUACUCUGCCACAAAACAUCUCGAGCCAGACAAACAAUCUGUUACCAUACCUGCGGGCGCUUACGCAGCAAUCUAUGGUGCGGUUGUCAACUACUGCACUGUCACAAAGGCCAAACCCCACAAAGGUGACUUGAAUGGAGAAGACCUCUAUUACAGCUUAGAGCGAGAAAUACGAACAUAUUGCUCGGACAUCCGACAUGAAAUCUUCACGAAUCAGACCCAAGAUACGGANAAAGAUACUGCCGAGAGGGUACUCAGAGGAUACAUGAUCCAGUGGGAUCGAUUCGUCAAGUUGGCCAGACUCGUCAGAAAUCUNUUGCAGUUUCUGGAAAGACACUGGAUCAGGAGAGAGAUUGACUUGAAGGUAAAAGAUAGGUACAUGAUUGAAGACUUGCACAAGAGGGUGUGGAAAGAGGAAACUCUCCAGAUCAAGAAGGAUGAGCCAUCAUCGCCAGAGUUGCAGGCUCUCACAGAUGCUACAAUCAUGCUACGGGAGAAAGCUACAGGAAUUACCGCGGAAGAGACGGAUCUUGUUCAGAGUGUCGUCAAUUCUCUAUCCUCCAUUGAUCUUGUUAUCGACGUUCAUGUGGAACCGACAUCUGAGCGGCUCUCUUAA